AUGUUUUACGAUGAAUUUGAGAAUGAUUCCAUGUCGAACUUAGACGUGACUCAUUCUAGCGUGUAUUCAACUGGCAGAGACUCGUUUAUGGCCGGAGACAAUGCUAUUUUGGAGUAUGGUAAGGUUCUUUGAUGGAUAAUAUUGUGUUAGACCUGUCUUCUAAUGGUUUGAAGAGUUGUUGGUAAUGUUGCGUGUUACUGGAUGAAAUAUAGUCGAAAACAAACAUAAUUUAUAUUUCUAUUUAUUAAAAACCUUGAGUUAUAACAGAUUUUGGGUGCGGAAGAGAAACGCAAACCUAUAAAGUAGUUUUCAUACCUAAUUUUCUGUUUAAAAUCAUAAUAUAGUUUUUAAAGCUUAACUUUUUUUUAGAAACGCACAAGGAUGUGCCGAACGACAUAUCAAACGAACGUUAUUCUACAAAGAUCUUUGUUGGAGGUAUUCCAUUAGGAACGACUGAUGCCUACCUACGUCAAUGUUUUGGAGCUUACGAUUUGUGUGAGGUCAAUUGGCCAGGGAAGAAAAAGUUUGGGGAUUCUCCAGCUAAUGGUAAGUAUUUUUAUUGGAAAGUAAGGAGGAUAUUGAGAAAUGAGUUUUAAUAUUGAAAAAAAAUGUUUGUUUAGAAACUUGUUUUUAAGGUAACUCGAUGCGGUGUGAUUUGCAAAACUAUAAUUACACGUAUAAGAGUAUAUUUUAAUUUUUAGGAUAUUGUUUUAUUCAAUUUCGACAUUCUGAAGCCGUCAGGGCUCUUCUGAAUUCUUGUGCUUACCGUGAUGGACGUUAUUGCUACGCUUUGGGUCGUAGACGUGAUAUGGUGGGUAGAAUAUAUAUUAUUUACUAUGUUUAUUGUUAAUUCUGCCUUAUUCUUGAUAUUCUUCAAAUUUUAUAUUUUUCAUAAAUUUAGGUACAAAUCCGGCCAUGGCGUCUCAACGAUUCAACUUUUACUAUCUCAACUUUAUGGAGCCGAUUUGUGCGCUUGUCAGUGUUUGUUGGAGGUCUUCCUCGAAUUUUGAAAGCUAGUGAACUCUACGAACUUGUUCAACGGAAGUUUGGUAAUGUUCUUCAUUGCUCUAUGGAGUUGGAAUUUGAAACGUCUUAUCCAAAAGGAGCGGCAAGAGUUAUCUUUGGUGACAUUAGCAGUUAUCAAGCUGCCGCAUCGGCUGGUCAUAUUGAACAUCAGUGGUAUCCGAACAGACAUUACAACGUUAGCUUUGUAGGUUUUUAAGAUUAUUUAAGAGGAUGUUAAUGUAGUCUGCUGACAUGUUGAUUUCUUUGCUACAGAAAGUGAAGUUGUGAAUGAAAAAGCGUCAAUUUAAAUUAUGUUUCAGGUUGAAUUCAAGCCAUUUGUCUACAAAAACAUUGAAUGUGAACGAUGUGGGAACAGUAGCUUGAAAACUGAAUUCUGCACGGGAAGAGAAUGUUUGUUGUACUAUUGUCGUGUCUGUUACGAGGAUGUUCAUAACAACACUCCGCUAUUCUACACUCAUCAACGUUGCAAUGCCGUGCCGAGAGAUCUUCCCAAUCCAUGCAGAGCUGACAGAAAGGCCAAGGAAGAGAAGGACAGGGCUGAUAAGCUGAUCGCCCAAACUAACGAGGUGGGUUUGAUCAUAUUUUUGAUGUAUUAUUUUAUCAUAAGGUCACAGACGUAGCUCAUAAUGUGGUAAGAACAACUUAUUGGUAAUGGAUAAUAAUGAAUUUUCAGUACGUCCAAAAACAAGAUCUGUCCACCAGCUUCAACUUGAUGAGCACUUUUGACGAUGAACACACUGAAAACAUGGCUUUGGACUCGUCGACUACUAGCAGUGCCAAAGAGACCAACAUCACCAAGGAGUCGGUCGAUGAAAACAUUCAGAAAAGACCACGCAAGUUUGGAAAUCUUCUCCAGAGUUACGGUGUUCAACCUUAA